AUGGUCGAGACCAGAUGAGGCCAGCACCAGACAACUUCGGCCUACGUUUUCGCUCCAGCUCUUCUUGGCGAAGUCGUUCCAGUUCUUGUUGUCGUAAUCGUCGUUGGCGUUGUUCACGCUCCAAUCGUUGUUGUCUUCGUCGUUUCCGUUUCCGGACUUUCCGCAUUGUUGUUGGUGUAGGACGACGAUUUGCCACCCGCUCCUGUAUACGUUCGAUUCGCGACUGCGUCUGUUUCGCUAACGCUUGCCGUCGCGCAAACGCCUGAUCUUUCGGUGGUUGAUGUUUCAGUGAUGGGGCGAGUAAUCGGCCUGAAAUGGCUCCGAUGGCAAGAUUAUUUUGGGCAACGAGGUUGUUCAGGGGAAGACAAUUUCCGAUUGGGAACCUACCUAAGUCUAUUUGUCCAUCACUCCUAGGUGGAGGCGUAUCAUAGUGCACAACUAAGAAAUGACUAGCUUUCCGCCGUCGUCGAGCGUUCUUUCCACGACGGCUCCGCCCUGUUCGACGCAACGCGACGUACCACGGUCGUUUUCGUGUGCCAUAUGCACAGGAUGAGUAUAGAUUGUAGUAGUUCUCCAUCAUUUCUUCGAGAAAUACACAUUCUGAUGUAUAGUUCUGUGGUGCCGCAGCAUAUAAUUUUCCAUCUCUAUCCAUACAUAAAUAUCUUUGUGAAACUUCUCCUCGUAUACUCACUAAACCAAUAGCGACAGAGAGAAAUUCUAGGACACUGAAUCGGCUGCCCUCAUGCCGGGUACCUCGGACUUGGUCGCCGAUCCCGCCUCGUCGUGUCUCUAAUUGGCUGGUUCGUUCGUCUAUAAUUUCCAGCCAAUUACCGGACCGACAGAAAAGGGCUCCACGACGGGUUGAACCGAGAAACGAAGUGA